AUGCAGAAGCGUCAGAGACGGAUUUUCCAGGCGGCGUUUGACAAGGAUGCCAUGAUUGUGGAGAGCCUCGGAGACGACUUGGAGCUGCUAGAACGUUUUCUUUCCAUUCGCCAAACUAAGCAUGCGCCGUAUAACCCCGUAAGUGCGGCCAUUUUUACCGCUCCAGCCGCUACUACACCCUUGGCCCCACCCAGAAGAGCUGAAACAACGUCCAAGUUUGCAUUCACUCCUCACACAGAGCAAGAGUUCUUACACGAUCAGAUCACCUCGGUAAAACACAAAAGUAAGAACCCUAACCUGUAUGUGAGUAGCUUGGUCCGGUCUGGUGCGGUGGAGUUUAAGGCGAUUCCCGGUGUGUGCACGCGGCUGUACGACAUUCGAUUUGAGUCCAAGGGUCUAUCCAUCAUGCAUUUCGCUAAACUCUCUCAAGAUGAGCGAAUUUCUUGGCUACAUUCCGGUGGUUCAAAUUUUGACAAUCUAUCAGCCACUGUAGAAUUUACGAAAGCCUCACCAGCAAGUUCCAUCGAUGAUGUGGUAGCUGCAGUUCGAGUUUUGCUGGGGUAUUCACGUGAGUUCUGCUGCAAAGCACUGAUUAACCUCACCGAGAACAUCCUGCGAUUCUUGGAUAGGACACUCAACCGAGUAACGUGGGAUACAAGUGAACUUCCGUGCGUUGUAUACUGGGUAUAUGAUGUGCUAGAGGAUUUUCGCGACGCUGUGGAAACUGUGGAUGAUCUUACGCUUCCAAGACUCCGGUGUUCGACAGAUGAUCGGCUACUUCCUGUUCUGAUGUUUGUCAAAUUUCAUCGGCAGGUGGCCGAGAUCAAACAACAACAGUACACUACGAAACCGUUACCGGUACCCUCGAUCGAUCCUAGAGUGCACUCGGUUUUGCAGACACAAGCGAGAGAUAACGACAAGAAUCGGCUUGGUCGCAUACCGAAGCAAGUGUUGAAGCGUUUACACACACAGAUUGACCCGGCGCCUGGCGAAUCUCGUCCACUGUGCAUGUGGUAUCUAUCAAAUCUGGGCUGUACAAGUGGCAAUGGUAGUUGCCCCAGUGAACGCGGCCACUUUGUGCCAAGCAGCUCCACGAGGUGUGACAGCGGUAACCCAACCGUGGUGGAAGACCAACCAUCUCCAACCGGCAGCAUUGUAGGCGAGGAGGGUACUGCCAGCGACAUCUUCAAGAUCACCAGUCAUUCCGAGAACGAGAACAACAGCAACCUUGUCUCACUGUCAUUACAAUCGGCGAAGAAAGUCCGUGUUGCGUUGGAGGAGGAGCUACUACGCCCACUAGGUGCUGUGGAGAAGAAGGAUGCUGAUCCGAAUGAAGAAGUUCGGGUUAUCCAUGACCUUUCCUUCCCUCGCGGCGAUUCCGUCAAUGACGCCUUUCUAGUUGAAUCCGUUCCGAAGCAAAACCCUUUUAUCAACGUUAGCAGUCUCCGUGCACGGCUGCUCCUCGCUUUGGAAGGCGGAGCUACCCUUGUCAAUGUUCGGAGAUUUGCCGACACCGGACGUGGAACGCUAUAUGGAUGCAUCAAACAUCGGCCUAGCGGUGCUGGAUCCAGGGUGUAA